CAUGUCCUCAUGUUCAAUAAUGCAUCCAUGCACCUGAAACAAGCAGACAGGGCACUAUCCACACAUUACAUGCCAAAGGUAAUUCAGGAGUGGGGAGUGGAAACAACAUUGUUGGGCAAGAAUGGUAACCCUGUGCAUGGGCGAGAUGGGAGAGUCCUCAAAACAAGGGUGCAGAUGAAAGAUGGCCAAUUUGCUGAUGGAAGAACACAACUGCUU